UGAGGUUAGAGGAUCCCAUUUCUGUGAUCAAAACGGCUCAUCUGACCGAGCCCGCAAACGGCAAAUCCCUAUCGCGGCCGUGCCCCGCCCUAUCCAACCAAAUCCGCGACAAACGCCUUCUCCUCCACGGCUCCACCGCCCACUUCUCCCACCUCACCUCACCUCACCUCACCUCGCCAGUCGCCCCACCGCAGCUCGCUCCCUUCUCCACUGUCCACACGCGCGCUAGCGGCGCACUCCCAUCCCUGUCGCUCUCCAUGUCCGCCGCUUCCACCGCCACCUUCACCCGCCUCCUCCUCCCGCUCCCGGCCGCACCCUUCUGCUCCCUCCUCCUCUCCCGCCGGCGCCUCCGCCGCGCAGUCCACGCCAGCGCCGUCGCGGGAGGAGGCAUCUCCAGCGGCGGCGGUGGCGCCGCCAAGGAGCCUCCGCGGACCCUGUUCCCCGGCGGGUUCAAGCGGCCGGAGAUCCAGGUCCCGGCGCUCGUCCUGCGCGUCGGCGCCGACAAGGCGCUGCGCUCCGGGGAUGAAGUGGCCGCCGCCGUGGCCCGGGGAGUGGGGAUCGUCGUGCUCGAUACCGGGGAGGAGGGCGGCGGGAGCGCGUACGAGGCCGCGCGCGCGCUCAAGGCGGCGGUCGGGGACCGCGCGUACCUGCUGAUCGCGGAGCGCGUCGACGUCGCCUCGGCGGUCGGGGCGAGUGGCGUCGUGCUCACCGACGAUGGUAUUCCUGCUAUUGUUGCAAGGAGUAUGAUGAUGAAAUCAAAUGCUGACUCCAUAUAUCUCCCUAUUGUUGCUAGAACGAUAAGCUCUGCGAACUCUGCGAUAAGCGCUUCAAGUUCUGAAGGGGCUGAUUUUCUUAUCGUAGAUAGUGGCAGUGAUGAUUUUGAGGCUGUUAUGAAUGGUGUGGAUGGUGGUGUCGGUCAACAUGUGAAGAUUCCGAUUUUCUUCACUCUAAAGGACCUGCGAAGUGGAGGGACUUAUUCUGACAUCACAUCCAGGUUGCUCCAAUCUGGUGCAUCUGGAAUCGUUACUUCCUUGGCUGUUAUGCAACUCCUCACGGAUGAUCUUAUAGAAAGGGACUUUUCAAAAGUGGAUGCGACUGAGGAAGUCCCACAAGCCAGUUACUCUUCUGCUAGUAUGUUGGAAGAAGCAAAUAAUGUAAUGGUUGUAACUUGUGAGAAGACGAAAGUUGCUGGAUUCACAAAACUGGAUGAAAAAGUGAUGCAGCUGAUAGAGACGGAAAGGCCUAUUCUAAGUGAAGCUGUUGCCAUUAUCCGCAAGGCAGCACCAAUGAUGGAGGAGGCUGAGCUUCUGGUUGAUGCCGCUUCUCGCCUGAGUGAGCCAUUUUUGUUGGUUGUUGUGGGUGAAUUUAACUCAGGAAAAUCGACUUUUAUAAAUGCUCUACUUGGAAGGCAGUAUCUUCAGGAAGGAGUUGUGCCUACGACAAAUGAGAUCACACUGCUAUCAUAUUCCGAGGUUGAUUCCGAGAGCUUUGAACGAUGUGAGAGGCACCCGGAUGGUCAAUUCAUGUGCUAUUUAUCUGCUCCGAUUUUGAAGGAAAUGAAUCUAGUUGAUACACCUGGAACAAAUGUUAUUCUUCAGAGGCAGCAACGACUCACUGAAGAAUAUGUGCCACGAGCUGAUUUAAUACUCUUUGUCCUAUCAUCAGAUAGACCAUUAACUGAUAGUGAGGUCGGAUUUCUUCAGUAUGUCCAGCAGUGGAAGAAGAAAGUUGUAUUUGUUCUCAACAAAUUGGACCUCUAUCGGAACAGCGAUGAGCUUCAAGAAGCUACUGCAUUUGUCAAGGAAAAUGCAAGGAAAUUGCUUAACACAGAGGAUGUAAUACUGUUUCCUGUAUCUUCACGCUCUGCUCUGGAAAUCAAACUUUCAUAUUCCAAAAGCAGUGGUGGAAAGCAUUACGAGGAAGCUAUGUUUAGUGAUCCUAGAUGGAGAAGCAGCAAAUUUUGUGAACUUGAGGAUUACCUACUGAGCUUCUUGGAUGGAUCAACAGAAAAUGGAAAGGAAAGGGUCCGGCUGAAACUAGAAACACCAAUAGGAAUUGCAGAUCGUUUGCUAACUUCAUGUCAAAGACUCGUGAAACUAGAAUAUGAAAAAGCUGUUGAUGACUUAACAUCCAUCAGGGAUCUUGUUUCUGGUGCAAAUAAUUAUGCUGUGAAGCUUGAGGCUGACAGCAAUUCUUGGCAGAAACAGAUUUCAUCUCUUAUUGAGAGAGCAAAACGUCGAGCGGUAACACUCAUGGAAUCUACACUUCAGCUGUCAAACAUUGACCUUAUUUUUACAUACACAGUUCAAGGAAAAACAGGUACUUCUGCCAGAGCCACAUCAUUCGUUCAGAAUGAUAUUCUGAGUCCAGCCCUUGAUGAUGCCGUGAAUUUACUAGGUGAAUAUUCGACAUGGUUGAGUUCUAGCAAUACGCGUGAAGCAAAUUUAUACUUGGAGUGUUUCCACGAAAGAUGGGAUUCACUGGUUGCUCAGGAACAAAGGGUUCUGUUAGAUCCAAAUGGACUUGCUAAUGAAGGGGAGAAACUCAGCAUAAAGGCACUGGAUGGCUUCAGCGCCAGUGCUGCUGCUAAGGUUUUUGAAGAAGAAGUCCGAGAAGUGGCUUUUGGAACAUUUGGAGGGCUAGGCGUUGCUGGAUUGUCAGCUUUUCUUUUGACAUCUGUUUUGUCAACUACACUUGAAGAUCUUCUUGCUCUUGCUCUUUGCUCAGCUUGCGGGUUUCUUGUAAUAUCGAAUUUCCCUGGUCAACGAAAACUUGCAAUAGAGAAGGUUAGCAAGGCUGCUGAUGCACUGUCUGGUAAAGUUGAUGAAGCUAUCCAGAAGGAUAUCUCGCAGAGUGCUAAUAAACUAGUCAAUUUCGUUGAGGUUAUCAGCAAACCAUACCAAGACGCAUGUCAGCGAAAAAUAGAUUGGUUGCAGGGCGUUCAGGGUGAGUUGUCUGUUGUUGAGCGUAAGCUCCAAAGUUUGAAAGUCGAAAUCCAAAAUCUUCAUGGACCAUGAGGUUUCACUUUUGUUCAUACCUUCGUUUGUCUGUACUUAGCUCUUUGUAUGAAUGGCCCACUAAUUAAAAUUUGUUAAUUCGUGUUGUAUUGUGACGAUGUUGACGUAGUGACUUUACCGUCUGAUAAACCUGUAGUAUA